AUGGAGAAACACACCGGCAAAUCAAGCAGUUUCAUCGGAAGACAUCGUUGGAGAGCCACCCUCGAUAGUCCCCGAUCAACCUUUUCCCCUAAACUUUAUCAUAAAUCCACCCUCCAGCUCCCCCCCGACCAUGACAUUCCUCCCGACCAUGAUCAUAACAGCUAUUCCAUUCCCGACGAUGUUGAUUACGAUCAACUCUUGCUCCAAAUUGAUCGUUUCAUCGAUGAAUUAUCCACCGCCGAGGACAAAACCACCCUACCCGACAUCCCUCACCAUCUCGACACCUUUUGCAAAAUCAUCAAGUCCAAGACCAGAAAAUCCACCAGAUCAGGCUCAGCCCCUAGAAACGGUGAGAUGAUCACCGAUCAAGGUACCUUUUUGUAUGAAUCCGUCAAGCGAUUAUGGAAACUCAAAACCAUUUUGGCUCCCAACACGCCUUUGCUUGAUAAAAUCACCAAGCUUCUCCAUCGAGCCAUGCUGUUCAUGGAAGAAGAGCUCCGUUCUCUUAUUAUAAUCGAACCAAGGCCUCCACCCGAACCCAAAUUGAAGGUCAUGUCCUUAAGAUACUCUUCUUUCAACACAGAUCGUAGUUGCUCGUUAUCGGAACCACCGACCAAGGAUGACGAUUUUCCAGGUUUCUCUGAGGAGAAGACGAUGAGGAUCAACAAAAUCGUAACCACCAUGAUUUCCGUCGGCUACAAAAACGAAUGUUCAAACAUUUAUAGCAUGGGUAGGGGAAAUGCAUUAUACGAUCAACUCAAAAAGCUCGAUUUCGAAAAGCUUAAUGCCGAAGAUGUGCAGAAAUUAAACUGGGAUUGGCUUGAAGCAGACGUCUCUCGAUGGAUCAGAAUCAUUAAGCAUUGUUCCUGCGUCUUAAUUCCUGCAGAAAGGUUGCUGGGAGAGAAGAUAUUUUCCGAGCAUCUUUAUGUAUUCAGAGGUCUAUUCAGCAAUCUAAUUCGUAGCGUGGUGACGUCGCUGCUUGAUUACGCGGCGGCGGUGGCUAUUAGGAAACGAUCGGCGGAGAGAUUGUUCAAAUUCCUUGAUAUGCAUGAAGCCCUAAAUGGCCUUAGAGAAGCAACCAACGAUUCUUCUGAUGAAACCAAAGAUGAACAAUCAUGCAAUGAUCUGAAUGCGGAAAUAUCAUCCGUCAUCGAUCGGAUCGGCGAGGGAGUUGUGAACAUGUUCGGCGAUCUGGAGAACUCCAUUCGGAAUGACGUGGCGAAAACUCCGGUGCCGGGAGGCGCCGUGCACCCGUUGACACGCUACGUUUUGAACUACGUAACAUGCGCGUGUGAAUAUGGGGAUACGUUGGAACCCAUCUUCCAACAGAAUGCAAAACUGAACCAAGCGACGUCGCCGGAAGAGAUGGAGAAGUCACCGAUGGCGGCACAGAUAAUGUCGGUGAUGAGCGUUUUGGACGACAACUUGGCGGUGAAAUCAACAUUGUACAAAGACCCUUCAUUGAGGUACAUAUUCUUGAUGAACAACGGAAGGUACAUAUUACAAAAGGUGAAGGGAUCAAGUGAGGUAAAGAAAGUGAUGGGGGACGAUUGGUGCCGGCGGAGGUCAUCGGAGGUGAGGCAUUACCACAAGAGUUACCAGAGAGAAACAUGGACACGAGUGUUGCAAUGCAUCAGUCAAGAAGGGAUUCAAGUAAAAGGAAAAGUGGAUAAAAAAGUAUUGAAAGAAAGGUUGAAGAAUUUAAAUGCGAUGUUGGAUGAGAUAGGAAAGACACAGAGCACAUGGGUGGUGAGUGAGGAACAACUGUUGUCGGAGCUGCGGGCGUCGAUAUCGGGGGUGGUGAUUCCGGCGUAUCGGUCGUUUGUGGGGAGGUACAAACACCACUUGGAGGGAGGUGUGAAAAGCAUAGACAAGUACAUCAAAUAUCAACCGGAAGACAUCGAAACGUUGAUAGAGAGUUUGUUCGAGGGAAAUCUUACGUCAAUGUCUAGGAGGAGAUUCUACAGCUAG